AUUGAGAAGGAAGUACGUAGUAGAAAUGAAAGUUGGUGUGUGUGGACAUCAUGAAAGAAUAAUCGAAAUAGACGAAUCAUGCAAUUUUGAUUACCAUUCGGCUACUAGAGUGUACAUAAAAUGUGUGUAAAUGUGAGUUAGUGAUAUAUAAGUGUGUAAUGUUUGGAAGGAAUUUAACUGUAAUUUGUAAACAAGGAUUUACAACAUUCGUGGAACCAAAAUGGCUGGUUAUUAAGUACUCUUUGUCCGUAUGCCAGUAUGAAAGUUGAGCCCGUUGCUGAAGAAUUAAUUAUUGUGAGUGGUUCCAUGACAUGUUUAUCCAAUCCCAACAGUUGGUUCCAGGGAGAAGCACAAAUAGUGUUGUUUCAAGCCAUUCGAGAAAGCGAAAAGCAGAUUUUUACGCUUCGUCCUCAAGUGGUAGUGGGAUCACGGAUGGUAUACAACAUAUUAUAAGUGGCGCCACAUCAGGCAGUGAAGUGUAUUUACCCUCAGAAACUGCCCAUACAGUAACCAAUUCUAGUCAAACUAAUCAGAACCAUGUCAGUCCUAUUCCAAGUUCAAGUAAUCAGCAGCACUUGUUCAUUCGACCGUCAACAAUCAAGUUAUUAGACGGCUGUCAACGUAGUGGACAAAAAAGAAAAGCUUGGUCACCAAAAGGUAAUGGUGAUAGCGGGGAAUCUGUUACACAUUCAGAUUGCAGAAGUGCAACUAACACGACGGCCCACAGCAAGAUUUCCGCGGCUCCGGGGGCGAACCCCCAGCCGCAAGGUAAGAAAAAAUCAAGUUCAGGUAGUGGCGCAGAUGGCGACUACCAGCUCGUACAACAUGAAGUACUCUACUCCAUGGCUAAUCAAUACGAGGUGCUUGAAUUCUUGGGACGAGGCACCUUUGGCCAGGUAGUCAAAUGCUGGAAGAAAGGCACUAACGAAAUUGUUGCCAUCAAGAUUCUCAAGAAUCAUCCUUCUUAUGCGAGACAGGGACAGAUAGAGGUCAGCAUCCUAUCAAGACUAAGCCAAGAGAAUGCGGACGAAUUCAAUUUUGUUCGAGCAUACGAGUGCUUCCAGCAUAAGCAUCACACCUGUCUGGUUUUCGAAAUGUUGGAACAGAACUUGUAUGAUUUCUUGAAACAAAAUAAGUUCAGCCCAUUACCUCUGAAAUAUAUCAGACCUAUUUUACAACAGGUACUCACAGCCUUGCUCAAAUUAAAGCAACUUGGUUUGAUUCAUGCUGAUCUCAAACCAGAAAACAUAAUGUUGGUGGAUCCGGUGCGUCAACCUUAUCGCGUAAAGGUGAUUGAUUUCGGCAGUGCCAGCCACGUGAGCAAGGCUGUUUGUAACACUUAUCUGCAGUCCAGAUAUUACAGAGCACCAGAGAUAAUACUUGGACUGCCAUUCUGUGAGGCCAUAGAUAUGUGGUCAUUGGGUUGCGUUGUCGCUGAACUCUUUCUUGGAUGGCCUCUAUAUCCGGGAAGUUCUGAGUAUGAUCAAAUCAGAUAUAUAAGCCAGACCCAAGGUCUUCCAACAGAGCAUAUGCUCAAUAAUGCAUCGAAAACGACCAAAUUUUUUUACCGUGAUAUGGAUAGUACAUAUCCAUUUUGGCGCUUGAAAACGCCAGAAGAGCAUGAAGCGGAGACUGGCAUUAAAUCAAAAGAAGCAAGAAAAUAUAUAUUCAAUUGUUUGGAUGAUAUCGGUCAAGUUAAUGUUCCGACAGAUUUGGAAGGUGGACAGUUACUUGCCGAAAAAGUUGAUAGGAAAGAAUUCAUCGAUCUACUUAAGAGGAUGCUCACAAUGGAUCAGGAGCGACGUACUACUCCAGGAGAAGCUUUGAAUCAUCCAUUUGUCAGAUUGGCGCAUUUAGUCGAUUACGCACAUUGUAACAACGUUAAAGCUAGUGUUCAGAUGAUGGAGGUAUGUCGAAGAAACGAUUUCAGCAGUUCCUCGAAUGCAACCCAUCAUCAGCAACCUCAACAAGCACCAUCCCUUGUCGCCAAUUUCGUACCUAGUUCAAAUGGAAAUGUUACAUUUACCAUUAAUAAUCAGUUAACAAACCAGGUUCAAAGACUUGUUCGUGAUAGAUCUGGCUACGAUAAUCUGUAUCAGAUAUAUAAUGGUAGAGCUGUUGGCCGACAAUAUGCAACUAGUUCAAGGGCCGACCCUUUUCAGCAUCAGUUGGUAUCGAGUAUACUUUGUCCUGCUGGAUAUCAAGGAAUGGGUGGGUCGCCUGCUAAACAUGUUACUGUAGUCCAACAGCCGCAGAUACAGAUACAACCGCCUAUUUUAGGCCAAACUGGUCAGCAACAAUAUGUGCCGGUUAGCGUUGUCGAACCUAGUGGACGUCAGAUGCUAUUGACCAACGCCGUACAAACAACAUGGCCAACAAGUCGUCAGCAGAUGGCGAUUGUUUCAUCGUGGCAACAACUCCCACCACCCCACACGACCAUCCAACAACCGUUAUUGUCGGAAGCGGAAUGGGGAAGACCGCUUCUUGUCGAUUCGUCGGCCAUACUUCAGGAGCAACGCCCAGUUUUUCCGGUUGAUGUUACAGCUGACGUUUACAAUUCUGGAAUCGUAGAUCAUGGAUCCACUUCAUGGAAUGUCAGCAAGAGGAGCUCUAAAAAUCAUCAUAUGCAGCAGAAUAGCUCUCAUCAUUUGCAGCAUCAUCUCAUGGUUCCCUCACAUCAUAGAGCCCAUGACAAGAAAGAACAGACUCAAUUGAGCCCAGUGAAGAAGCGUGUCAAGGAGAGUUCACCACCUGGCGAACCAAUCAACAACUAUGUUUCAGCAAACAGUCGAAGAAAUUAUAGUCCAGUAGGAUCACAAUGGCACCAUAAUACUCAACCAUCGAAUCAGCAAAAUGACCACGAUCAUCAUCGGUUCGUUUACAAUCAACCUCAAGCCAGUUCGAGGCAGCAUACCAUCACCAUACAAGAUACACCCUCACCUUCAGUUUCUGUGAUCACGAUAUCAGACAGCGAAGAAGAAGUAUCGAGUGGAAAGAAAGGGGGCUCUAACCGUCACUCACAGACGAUGGCCAAUCGACAGGCGAUGCAACAUCCAAAUAACAGCCAUAGUCACAGGAAAAACGUAAUCAGUUGCGUUUCAGUUGGAGAUAGCGAUAAUGAGGAACGAAGUUCUACCAAGCCUCACUUCCAACAACAUAAUAGUCAUUAUAACCACACCCAACAACAACAGCAGCAACAACAGCCGCACCUACAGAUGGUCAAGAACGAACCAAACUCCUCUCAUUCUUUUUGUUCGCAAUCUAACAUCGCGAACUCAUCCUCGACCAACUAUGCUGCCCCAGCUUCGCAAAAAAAGAGAUUAUUAGCUAAGGCUCAAUCAGAGUGUAUACUGAAUGUUCCGCCGAAGCAGGAACCAUGUGACUAUCGUAAUGAUUACGAGCAACAGUGCUCUUCAGCUUGUAAGGAUACUUCUAGUUCGUCAGGUCACCAGAACUACCAUUAUAAUGGCCAAGAACAAGCCGGACAUUCAGGCUCCGUGUCCAGGUAUUCUGAUGAAAUCGCGUUGAAAAGCGACUCCCCUCUUAGGAAUUGUUCUCUUUAUAGUAAUGACAAGAGGGUGUCGUGGGCUCCACCAACUGCUCAUAACACUAACUCUCACGGAAACUGUAGUGGUAGUAGCUCUCAUCGACGUCAUUCUACCGUACCUUCCGUCAGUUUGAGGGACUACAGCGUUCCCACUUCGAAUCAUAAAGAAUACGUUCAGCCCCCUGCAGCUCACACAUCCAGGGACACUUUAGCAAUUGGAAGAGACCAUUUACUAGCUCCAGGGAAAAAUUGGGGACCGUCGCAAGCUAUCCAUCCGUCCUACAGGCACAGCAAUUCCCAUUUGUCACCUCAGCCCUUAAGUGGCGCACCAAGGCUGUCUCCCCAACAUCCUCUUGCUGCAGCAGGUCAACCUUUGUAUCAUCAGACUGAACUAUAUCGUCGACCAGUUUAUGUAACCACUACUCAGCCUGCUUAUAUUCCUACCACUCACCAAGUAGCACCGACUGGCCGAGCUAUACCACCUCCAGCACAUCAUGCUAGUGCUAGACCUAUUCUUGCAAGCCACUCCACACAUCCGUUGCCUGCUCAUUUGCAAUUUCCGUCUCACGCUCAGGUAGCUACGGCCCCAUAUGGAUUCGCACCACUAAGUCCUGCUAAAAGUCGGCAGUUUCAGCCAACUAGUCUUUGGUUUGCUGAAUAAGACAUUACAAUUGUGAAUGAGUAGCAUUUGUAUGUUAAUAUGAGCAACCAAGAAAAUUUGAUAAUGAUAAAAUUCAGUAUCUAGUUUAAAUAGGAGGUUUGUAAUGCAUUUUUAUCACGUUAAUCAAGUCCUUUAUUCUGCGUUGAUAUACGUACACAAUGACGGAUUUGAAUUCAAUAGAAAGCUUUAUUCUGGAAUUUUAGUUGCUCCUUCCCGUUUGAAAAUGUUUUUCAUUCAUUCAUGGCAAUAUAAUCCUCCUUGAUGUUUAAAUUUUAAAAAAUGUUUCAUGUUGACUCUGAUAUAAUGUGUGUGCAAUCCUUGUUAGUUUUCAUUGUAUGAAUUUGUAGAACGUUUGUACGACCGCCAGUUAAAAGAAAUCAGAAACACUUCUUGAACUUCAAUCGUUAUAUUAUUUCCGUUUAGAAACUUGCUAGUCGUUCAUGAGAAACGUAGUUAUUCUCACUUCAGUUUCUAGUCAAAUUUACUUUCAGAGAAUAUUAUGUCUUUUAACUGGUUUCUUCUUGAUUUUGUUCUAUAAUUUUUGUAAUUAUCUGCCUUUUCAUUAGUUUUAGUUUUUAAAUCGAUUAAUUUGCUUUGAAUAAUUUAUUACUGUAAUGAUGUUUUUGGGGAUUUUAGGUAUCUUAAUAAAUAAUGGCUUACAGGGUGUCUAAGUGAAGCUUUUUCGCUGAAAUGCAAAUAUCAUUUUUUGAUUCAGCAUAUUUUUGUGAUGCGCAGAAUUUCAUAGAUAAUACGAAAAUUUAGGAAGUAUUUUUCGAAAUUGUAUUUAUACUUACUUAUUUGAAACUGUACAGAUCAAAUUGUCAGUUUCGUGCCACAAUAUUCAACUUACAUAAAAUAUUGCCUCUUUAAAAUAAAGCAUACAUUUGUAAGUUGCUAGUAUUUUACAGAAGAACUCCUAUUUUCUUCUGUUUCAUUGUUAAUAAUUCAACAAUCUGUAUGAUUAAGAUUUCUCUUAAGAUUACAUUUAAUGUUCAUGUUAUUUCGAUUUGAAUUUUGGUGAUAUGUAUUUUGAACUGAUUUAUUGUCAUAUAUAGUAGUGCUGAUGAAUCCUUGUUUUUAACUUAAUGAUUUCUAAGUUAAGUCCUUUUUUGUACAUUUUGUUUUUACCUUGGGUAUACUUUCUUUUAAUGUUUCUUAUUAAGAAUUUGUUUUUAUAUUGCUUAAGUGAAGCAAAAUCCAUCUCUUUUAGGAGUGUUUUUUAUUGUUCCAUUAAGUAUGUAUAUAAUAUACAUUUGAAGGAUGUUGGCAACCAUCAUGUAUUGGUAAAUUUGAUUUGGGCAUACUGUAAGUUGAUGAGUGACACUUAGUAUAAUUCAGUUUUUAUUGGAAUAAAGUUUUAUUUAUUGAUUAAAAUGAUUAUGAAAGUUUAGUAUGCUUUUGAAAUUUUCAUGUGCCUGUAUUCUUGACUUUGAUAAUUGAUACACCUUGCACUUUUCACUGAAAAUUGUACUGUUGGUUGAUUUUCAGUGGCAAUAUAGUUAACUGCAUAUUAUAGUUGUGAUAAUUAAAGAGAGUUAUGGUAGGUUUCUGUAUAUACAUAUAUAAAUAUAUCUAUAAAUAGAUGGUUGAUGUUUUGAAACACUGGUUAUCAGGUCUUCCGUGCCGUGAUGUUUGUUGACUAUUUCAUCUUUUUAUUAUGUCUUUCUACUAUUUUUGGUGUGCAACAAUGGCCCAUUUACAUGUUGAAUUAAUCUCACCCGACAAUUUUUUUCAUUGAAGUAAGCAUGAAUAAUAAUCAAACUGAAAUUAUUUUUGCUUUCAUUGGCAUUCAUUGCAGAGUGCCAAAUAUAUCCAAAGUUUUCACCCCAAAAAUUGUUUUCAUUCAAGUGUUUCCUUACAUCAACCUUGAAACUUUAUUUAAAUAGUUUUUAUAUCUAGAGGUAGUGUGUUGAUGUUUAGUGAUCUGGUAAUUGUACAAAUGAAUAAUAUUUUUGGAUUGUGUAGAAUAGAAAAAUUAAGAUGAUUAUUGAAAAAUAUUAGAUACUGUUUAGUUCUGCUUAUUUCAUUAAUAGUUCCAACAACUAUUGUAAUAUGUAUGUUGGUGUAUAUAUUUCCUAACAAAUGAGUUCCUCAAGAUAAAACUUUUAAUUAACGCUCAACCAUCUUUUCAAUUAUGUGAACUGUGAAAAGUAUGCUUGUUGAUGCGAAAAGGUUUCUGUGAUCGAUUUGAAUUUGUAUAUAGUUUCCACGUCUUCGCACGUCAAGUCACAGAUUGCUAUUGAUCAAGAGUUAAAUGAGAACGAUAAAAACAUAUCAAAGAAAUGAUUUAUGAAAUCCAUUGAGAAGCCAUCGUCAAGUGAAAAAACCAAUGAGUGAACAUAUCGGUUCAUCUACCUUUUUUAUUGGCAAGUAAAAAGGUUCAUGUGAAAUUCGAGCAAAUCUUUUUUCGUCAUUUCAAAAUUUCAGAUCUUUUCUCUAUUGCUGUGGAUAACCAUGAUUAUCAUGGGAUGUCCAUGAGUAAUCUGUCUGUCGUUACCAAAGACUGCUUUCUUGUCAUUCGAUGUUUCCAACCUAUGUGUGAUCAGAAUUGCUAAUUUCUAUUCAAUAUGAGAUUUGUUCGUGCUUAUAGAAUGAACAAAUAUCAAUGUAUGAGAGGCUCGCUUGGAUCCUUCAUUUUGAGAAAAAUAGACAUAAUAGAUCUGCACAAUUGCAUCCUAACUCGUUUAUUCACAGGGUCUUAAAUUUACAUAACACAAUUGUUGCUGGGACUCAUCGAAAAGAAUCAUUCUUUGUUCAAGAAAUUUCAUAAAUUCUGUGAUACAACGAAUUUUUUAUUCUUGGGACUACGUAAUUUCUCGGAUUGUAGUUGAAAUUUUAGUCAUUGAAAAAUUUUCACACUGCAUCAGCAUUUCACAGUUUUCUAUUUCUCUUCACUUAUCAUCAAGAUUUGGUUCAUCAGGCUCAUAUGUAGUACUGGUUUCAAAAUUUGAAUCGAUCAACAUUCAAUGUCCUCUUGAGGUUUUGAACAUUUUUAAUACAGUUCAAAAUUGUUUUUGUCCCUAUUUUGAAAGUUUCAUAAAUACUUACAUAUUCUCCAUUUAUCUCUAAUAAUGUUAAUUAAAAGGAAGAUGUAUAGAGUAUUUUCCAUAUGUAUUAAUCGGGAUCUUCAAAAUACAAUGAAACAGCGCAUCUGUGAGGAGGUCCUAAAAAUUUGCACCGUAUUGUUUUUCAUAUCAAUUAGAAGAAAACAGAUCAAACAAUAAAACCAUAAUCAAUAAAAUGCAAUCUUUUCCCGAGUUAAUAAUUAAUACAGAUUACCAUAUAUGUUUAUACAUUACUAGAAAAGCUUAUAUGUUGAUUGGUAGGGGUUUAACAUUAUGCAAUUAGAUCAUUAGAUCAAAUUUCCCUAAAUGUCUCAAAUGCAACUAACAGUGUAUUAAUAUUUAAUAUUACCUGGAUUGAAAUUUAUUUGCAACACAAUAAAAGUAACUCAAAUACUAUAUGUAGAUAUUUUUUUUUACUUCUUAUGAAGUGUUCACAUAAACUUUAACCUAAUUGUUCAAUAGUAAAUCAUUAUAUUCUGAAAAAAUUAUUUGCAUUUCCGAAAGUAAAUUGGUGAGAAUUUUCAUUUUUUUCCUAUGGAGUGAAAAUAUUUUGUUAUUGUAUGUAUGUAAUUUGUUGAUACUAUUGCUUUUUGAGACAUGACUAAUUAUCUGAUAUUUUACUACAUGAUUUAAUUUAUAGGUGUUAUUGCUGUAUAUUCAUAAGACUGUAAUGGUUCAUGUCAAUAUUAGCUAACCUAGUGGAGGUGUGAGAAUAUUUACAAUAUUUGAAUACGAAAAUUAAAUAGGGUAGGGUAGAAAAGGGUAUUUAUUCUAUGUGACUAUCAAUAAAAUUAGUACUAGAACAAAAUUAAAUGGUGUGAUGUUUAUAACAAUUACAACUAUCUUCAAUAUUGUCCAUUUUUUGAACAAAAGUGAAAUACAGCUGCUUAAUUCUUUAGUCCAAAUAUUUGUUGUGCGAUAUGAAAUUUUCAUGAAUAUUACAUUUUUUAAUUUUGCUUUGGUCUUUAUACUCCAGAAAACAUAAGCUUGUAAAAAAAUUAAUCAUGUAGGUUAAUCAAGAAUGAAGAUUUGGUCCAUUAAAGAAAAUUCUUCAUUUUGUAUGCUGCUAAUGGAAACAAUGUUCACAUUAUUUUUCAAUUUUUACCAUGAGAAAUAUUCGCAAAUAUUCACUUAAAAAAUUAUCAACUAAUCAUAGUGCCUUGAGGUUCAUGCUCCCUUUCAUUAGGAAAUAUUUUUUUCAAUUAAAUGUUGAUCAUUUUGACAUUUACAUAUUAUUUCGUGAUUGGAGUUUUGCUGAUGAAAGGUUCUGAAGAAUACUCUUCGAAUCUCUGAUUUGCAUCAACAUCAUUCUCGAUCUUAAUUGAUUGAUUGAUUAGAUUUGCGAAAUUUGAUAUUCUAAGUGAUCAUUAGCAGGGUACACUCUUCUUGUGAUCAUUUGUAAACGUCCAUUAAUUCAAAAUACCUAAUGUUUGUGUUAAAAUUUGAAGGGAUACUUCAGACUGAUCAGUUACUGAGAACUUUCGACUGCACAUAAGAAAACUGACUGUAUUAAAAAUAAUUAAUUGUUAACCUGCCACAAAAAAAUGAGUUGGACCAAAAAGGAUUUUCAUGUUGAAUUAGUCAGUGUUUUAACUAUGAACUAAUGUAAAACUGAAUGUUAUUUUGGCCUGGAAAAUUUGUAAUGUAACUAUAGAAAUGAACUGCAUGUAUUAUAAUAUAGGUUUAUUGUAAAAAGCUUUCAUAGAUUUUAACAUAAUACAAUAUUUUAGUAUGUUUCUCUAAUAUUUGGAUAAAUGUUGCCUUUAUAUCUCCCAGUAUCUUUGAACUUUAAAGAUUGUCACAUAAUUCAAUUGUGUUUUAUUGAGAUAAUAAAGUUAUAAAAGCAUCUGAA